UCCCUGGACCCUGCAUUCACUCUAUCCGGUCUCCCCGGACCCUGCAUUCACUCUAUCCGGUCUCCCCGGACCCUGCAUUCACUCUAUCCGGUCUCCCCGGACCCUGCAUUCACUCUAUCCGGUCUCCCCGGACCCUGCAUUCACUCUAUCCGUCUCCCCGGACCCUGCAUUCACUCUAUCCAGUCUCCCCGGACCCUGCAUUCACUCUAUCCAGUCUCCCCGGACCCUGCAUUCACUAUAUCCGCUCUCCCCGGACCCUGCAUUCACUCUAUCCAGUCUCCCCGGACCCUGCAUUCACUCUAUCCAGUCUCCCCGGACCCUGCAUUCACUCUAUCCAGUCUCCCCGGACCCUGCAUUCACUCUAUCCAGUCUCCCCAGACCCUGCAUUCACUCUAUCCAGUCUCCCCGGACCCAGCAUUCACUAUAGCCGGUCUCCCCGGACCCCGCAUUCACUAUAUCCGGUCUCCCCGGACCCCGCAUUCACUAUAUCCGGUCUCCCCGGACCCCGCAUUCACUAUAUCCGGUCUCUCCGGACCCUGCAUUCACUAUAUCCGGUCUCCCCGG